CAUUGCUCGGUGGCGGGAAAGCGGCGGUUGCAGCGCGUCUUCCCGGACGCUGAGGGGCCGGAGGCAGCGGUGAGUCCCGGACUGUCUGCGGGCCCCACUAUGGACGCGGCCGAGGUGGAGUUUCUGGCCGAGAAGGAGCUGGUCACCAUUAUCCCGAACUUCAGUCUGGACAAGAUCUACCUCAUCGGGGGCGACCUGGGGCCUUUCAACCCCGGCUUACCAGUGCAGGUGCCUCUGUGGCUGGCGAUCAACCUGAAACAGAGACAGAAGUGUCGGCUGCUCCCCCCCGAGUGGAUGGACGUGGAAAAGUUGGAGAAGAUUCGGGAUCAUGAACGAAAGGAAGAAACUUUUACCCCUAUGCCCAGCCUUUACUACAUGGAGCUCACCAAACUCCUGUUAAAUCAUGCUUCAGACAACAUCCCGAAAGCAGACGAGAUCCGGACCCUGAUCAAGGACGUGUGGGACACACGCACAGCCAAGCUCCGGGUGUCUGCUGACAGCUUCGUGAGACAGCAGGAGGCACACGCCAAGCUGGAUAACUUGACCUUGAUGGAGAUCAACACCAGUGGGGCUUUCCUCACACAAGCGCUCAAUCACAUGUACAAACUCCGCACGAACCUGCAACCUUCUGACAGCGCCCAGUCUCAGGACUUGUAGGCAGAGACUGGUUUGUAGAGGCCCGUGUCUGCCGGCAGGAGGCUCACCGGGUGGCCUGAGUGCUCGGGACGUGACAGAGGUACUCACAUUUCCAGAGUUCUAGAACCACUUCUGAAUGUAUGCAAAAAAAGUGCAGUGAGGCAAGGGAUGGGUUUAUAACCUUGUUGGAAACCAACAGGCUUGUGCUUAGUCCUCGAGACAUUCUGUAAUUCCACGUCUGUAUCUGGGAGCCAGCUGUCCUUUCAUGGGGAGAUGAGAAAAAGCAUUGGCAGAACGAAUGAUUUCCCUAGCAGAGCUCUGGGUCUCCUGCACGGGACUGUCGUGUGCAGGUGAGUGUUUGGUGACGUCGGUGUUGCUUUUAAGAUGGAGAUAUAGCAGGAUGGUAACGUGGCCGUGGCCAUUUUUCUCCCUUCUUGACCCUGAUCUCUUGGGCUAAAUUUAGUCUGCUACAGAGGCUAUUCACAGAGGAGGACAGCAGAUGAGUGGCGAGUGACAGCAACCCAUAUGCCCUGAUACACAAUAAAGAUGGAAUCAACCCACGUCUCUGUUGGGUUUUUUUCCUGCAUAACUGCCACGCAAAGGAGCAGGCCAAGUGGCUAGAAUGAUCUGAUGGACCAAACUGGAGAGGUUUAGCAGGCAGCUGUGAACUUCCGACCGACACUCUGGGACACUCCGGGUAUCUCUUGUUCUCUCGGCUGCUUUUGGGUAAGGCCCUAAGGCGUUGCUUAUCAGCAAGAGGAAUGUCAGGGGAAAAUCAAUUCCGUGUUAUCUAGUGUGUGAGUGAAGCUGAAGACACGAUGGCAGGGGGAAAAGUGGAGCCUAUUACGUGGUUCUUGAUGGACUGAGGGGAAGACGGUUCUAGGAAGCGGUUCUAGGAAGCAGUGGCUCAGGUAACAGUAUUGGGUUUUUUUCCCUACGAGGAAAAGUUUAAGCGCUAGCAUUGCUCAGUCCCUUACAGAAAAGUAUGUUACCUGGGGCGAGGUAGGGGGGGAUGAUCGUCAAGUCCUGUAAUGAGCAGGUUCGGUAACCAGCUGGCUUCCAAGGGCAGCGCUGUCAGUCAAAAGCAGUCACAUGCCAUCUCGAGGGUUAUGAAGGGUGUAUGUGCGUGAUCAGCGGGGCCUAAAGAAUAUCUGCUGGUGUUUUUACCCUUCAGUGUUUAAAAUACAAACUUACUUCAAGUUGCUCAAGCACUAUUCCUCCAUCCCAGAUGGGUACCCAGAUGUCCCUCUCACAAGCAUGUAUUGUUUAAGCACCAAAGGGCCGCACAUGGAGGGAUGAGGACCCAGAAGACCUGGUCUCAUCACUUAAGAGAUGACAGGACUUGUCUCUUCCUCUCUCUCUUAUGCAGAAUCCUUCAGGUUUAGUCUGGGGGAUCUUCUAGAAUGAAACCACAUGUUAGUGUGGCGGUUUAGGAGUCCUGUGUAUCUCAGAUCUCACCCCGAGUCCCCUUCUCUUAAAACCUGGCUGAGGCACAGUCGAAUCUGUCUUCACACUUUAAAAAUAAGAGCUCAACAAUUACACAGCUUUACAGGUAUUUUUUGGCCUUAUUAUAACAUAGAAAAGAUUUUUCUCUUAAGAUGAUUUAGGAAGAUUUUAUUUUUUUGGAUGUUGUCAGAAAUUACAGCAAUAUAUUCAUAAAUACCUAAUUACUACAUUCAACAAAUAAUAUUACAAUACAGUUAAUUCAAACAAGUACACUUAGAACAGGUUUAAUUUCACAGCAUCUAAACUGCCCCCCAGAGUGACCGAGGCACCGUUCCUCCUCCUUCCAUGUACUGGCUGACUGUUCUAGCAGUUAACUGUUGUAGCGUAGGUACAUACAGAGUAACACAACUGAUGGAUUAGCGUGGUCUUCCUCGGGUCAAGGUAGAGUUAAGGAGUUAAGGUUAAGCGCUGGAUCGGAAAGUUGGGGACAGGCUACUGCAAGUAGUAAAGUUGAUAGUGUGGUUACUUGGAAGAGGACAGGGCUGCUGCGAAGUGGCUAAUCCACGCUGUGCGAUGAACAGCAUCGCGGUGCUGACCAUCUCCAUCUGGUGGCAGGUCCCUGGAACUGGCUACACUUUAAGCCGUGGCCCAGAGGGAGAGGGGGGUAUGCAAUCUGAUUUUGGAGAUGUGGCAGCACUGUGAGCUGCUUGACGAAACACCAUCCCACGUACAAACGUAAGACUUCCUGUUAGGAUACUGUAAUGCUUCGCUACUUUGCUGAAGGUGUGGGCUCCUUUUAAUAUUCUUUGAGUUUCCCUGAGGGUGUAUAAUCUAUGAGCAUGUUAACGCCAAUUAAGUGUUUUGAUCCCUUUAGAAUAUAGACUACACUGUCGAAGAGCCUCUCUUGGUCACUUAUCUGAGAUAAUGGAUUAAGAUUAUGGCGUUUCAUGUCAGUUUGGCUUGUUUCUACGUGUGGCGCCAAGUUUGGGGGAAAGCUCUGGGUUGUUGCUGAUGAUCUGAUUAAAUGCAGAACCACACGACUCGCUUUUGGAAGGGAUCCCGCACAGGUUUAGCGAAACCCCCUUCAGAGGGCAGACAGCAGCCGUCUCUCCCAGGUGCCGUGGGAAGACACAGGUCGUGAAGGACUGUUCACAAAAAUACUGACACAGAAGUUCCAUGGUCAGUUCUAGAGCAAAUGUGGUGCACUUAGGAACUUUGUCUUUCAAACUCAAUGUGAAACAGCUGAACAAAAAGCUUCAGGGAUUCCAUAUUUCUCUGUCAGUUUUUAAGCCCAAACUGAAAAGAGGCUCUGACUCUACCAUGCUCUUGUUUUCAGAUUAUAAAACUAAUUAUUAAAUGGAACCCAAAAACCCCCAAGAUUGGGUACUAUGUCUCAGUGGUGCACUUUU